GACAAUUGAUUCCCUCUUUGAGGAACUAGUCAACGAAGGUCUGCUCAUACAGCCAAAGAAUAUCCAACUUUCUGACUUUAAAGGUGAAUACAACUACCUGGGGACCACACUCCGGCAAACAGAUAUCGAACCAAUGCCUUCUCUCUCGGAUGUGAAGCAACUGAUCACAUUGUAUGGGAUUCUUCCCUUGGGUUCCCAAGCUGUCCAUGAGAAAGCCCCUUUGGUGAAGUCGUUGAUGCUGGCCGGACCCUCUGGAGUUGGAAAAGAAAUGUUGGUUCAUGCUCUCUGCACCGAAACUGGAGCCAAUCUUUUCAACUUGUCGUCACAUAACAUUGCAGGAAAAUAUCCAGGCAAGAGUGGUCUCCAAAUGAUGAUCCAUUUGGUUUUCAAGGUCGCUCGCCUGUUGCAGCCUUCUGUUGUGUGGAUCGAUAACGCUGAGAAAACGUUCUACAAGAAGGUUCCAAAGGAGGAGAAGGGGCUGGAUCCGAAGAGAUUAAAGAAAUCUCUCCCAAGUAUACUCAAAUCCUUGAAAUCAGAAGAUCGUGUUCUCAUUGUUGGCACAACACGACGUCCCUUUGAUGCAGAAUUAAAGUCUUUCUGCCGAACCUUCCAGAAAAUUGUGCUCAUUCCAAGACCAGACUACACGUCUCGAUUUGUGUUGUGGAAGACCAUAAUCCAACAGCAUGGUGGGAUCCUGACGCAUUCAUUGGAUAUGAGUUCCCUGGCUAAGAUCACUGAUGGCUACACACUGGGACACCUUACUCAAGCUGCAAAGGAUGUUCUUACUGAAAGACGCAUAAAGCAGCUACACACAAAACCUCUGACUGCAGUGGAAUUCAUCCCGCCUCUGGCCAAGCAGGAACCUGUGUACCAAGAGGAGGAAAAUUCAUUCAAGGAUUGGUUUGUUAAAACACCUCUGGGCAAGAAGAGAGCAAAAGCAGCCACGGAAUCAGAAAAUGAUGGAAAAGAGAAAGGCAAAAAAGGAAAGGAUGGAAAAAAAGGAAAAGAAGCAAAGAAAAAAGGAAAAAAGAAAAAAUAAUAUUCAGGUGUUACUGAGACAGUAGUUCCUGAAUUCUGCAUUCGUUAUGAGUUGCAAGCAUCCUGUAUAUACAUGCGUAGUGAAGUUUUAACAUGUAAUUGUAUUAUAAUUAAGUUGAUUGAAACCAUGUAACAAUUAAUAAUAUACAAAGCUGUGCGUGAAACUAAUUCACUUAAUUAUUUACCAAAUCGGGUGAUAUUACUUCCUUCAGCAAACGGAAUUUUAUUUUUAAUGGUCUCUGUGGUCAGGAAUGGCCCAAUUGAUCACAAAGAUACCAGAUUAUGAAAUGUAUAUUUUGGUAGCAAGAAUAAAAGUUUGUUCCAACAAGA